AUGACUCCCUUGAGGCCCCCUGCCUGCCUGUGGUGCGCGCUGCUGUCUGUGGCAGUGUCCCUGGACCUCCGUGUGGCCUACGUCACCCACAGCGGCCUGCACUACUACUCUUGUGUGCACGAACCCCAAGCCUGCAGCCUGUCCGCUCUCUCUGACUGCAGCUGUGAGGACCUGCAGCUGUCCUCCCCUGCACUCCAGCUUGUGCGGCUUACGGUUUGGUACACGUCAACCUCCAGCGCAGCACGACUUCUCAACAACUCAGAGGUGAAACAUCUGACUCUCAUUCGCUGUGCAGCAGGUGGGCCGAGAGGAGCCGCCCCUCAAGACAAUCUGAGCCAAAACGGAUAUUUUGCAGUGCAGCACUUGGAGUGGCUGACUGUGGUUAAUCUACAGAACAAGCCCAUUCUGGACGAGGCCCGGAACAGUGGGCUGGACACAGAGAACGGUGCAGACCUAAGCACAUUUGUGUACAACAGAGUCACGGACACAUACCAGGAUUUAAAUACAGACUCAAAGAAAGAGUUCUUGGAUUUACUCCCACCACAAAGUCAGGACCUCUUUCUUGGAAGGGAGAUGGGUGCUGCCUUCCACGAACAGGUCAGACUGGGAGUGAUCUACAGCUCAGUGCUGGACUCUGGGGCAGAAGUCAAAGCCUAUACGGUGCAGACACACAUAGGCAGUGAUGGGCUACUACCUUUCCCUGAACUCCAGCUACCCCGGCUGGAGGAGGCAUCCACCAUAUAUGUCAGCUUUGUGUACUGA